UGCCCUGUGCUCUUAUGGGGUUGUCCUCUGCCUCUUUGCUCCCUCCCUCUGCUCUGACAGUACUCUGAAGAACUGCUGGAGACCACGCCAGAGCAGACGGGAUCUCUUCUGACAAGACACACAGCAGCACACUCCUCCAGCAUGAAAGUAACACUCCCAGAGUAGCCUGCUUCCAGCCAGACAAACUCCAAAUGGAAUCUGAGCUUGGAAGAAGAAAUGGCAACUGCAGUGAUCAGCUGAAUUUUUGGAGGUUGUUCCUAUUCCCUUAUAUGGCAACAGAGCUGGGAAAUCAUUUGAAUUAGUCUGGUUUCUGUUGCAUGCCUGUCUGGUUUUAGUGCUGACUUGAGUUCCAUCUGGUAUGUUUCUGUCUCUGCUGUGUGCGUGUGUGCCUGUGAGUGUGUAAGUGCUAUGUGUGCGGCUUGAUUUGUUUAUUUUGCCAUUCUUGGUUCUUCUUUUCCUGUUGUUUGCAUGUGGGGCUUUUGUUUUGGGACAAGAGGAGGGCUUGUGUUUGUGGUUAAGCUACAGGCUCCGUCAUUGCCUGAGGGCUGGCUGCUUCAUUCAGACUCUGCACCUCUCGUCGUUUUUCCUCUCGCUCUGUUGUGAUGGUCUGUGUUUGUUGGAGCAACACACCCACCUAGGUGCAGCAACUUGCGACCAAAAACUGAAACUGGGUCUCUCUACACAAGGAUAUUACCAGAUAGGUGGACUGAAGGCUGUUGCUGGAGUGGACUAACCUUGCACUCAGCUGGAUAUUUCUUCUUUCUGCCCGCAGUUCAACAGGAUAUGUUGCCCAGAAGGAAACAACAGGAACCCAGGAAGUGCUAACUGAUAGAAAUUUCUUUUUGACACUUUGGUCAUGAAGAAGAGGAUCAUGGGAAAGGCUGAAACACUAAAGUAGAUCGCUCAACACACUCUGUGGCCAAUGGCAUAAGUGACAGAGCUCCAGUGCGGUGCCAUCAAAGUCUCAGUAAACUUGCAUUAAACUUAUGUCAUCACCUCAUGUGGAUUAUUUUUAUGAUCAUUGCUCUCAACAUUGAUUGCCAUGGCUACGGCAGCAUGGUAUCACCGUGACAUCAGCCGUGUGCAUGCAGAGGACUUGUUGGCACGGGCAGGGAGGGAUGGCAGCUACCUAGUGAGAGACAAUGGUCUCCUAGCAGUUCAGACAACACAAGGGGUGCAGGUGAAUUGUUUCCGCACACUGGAGGACUUGGUGUUGGGGUACCAGCAACCCCACAAAGGCCUGGUUAUUCCUCUGCUCUACCCUGUUCCCCGUGAUACGGACAGUGGGGAUGAGAGCUCAGAUGAUGAGAAGCCACCUUCUGCUCCAACGUCUGUCAGCACAGUGCCUUUCGCAGGAUCCCCAACAAAACCAGUCCCUCAUGCCCUGUUCCUCGAUAAGUUGCAAGCGGUGAACACAUCCAGUACUGCAGGUGAUGUUGUUGGCCUGUUGAAUGACUACCUCUUCAGUGAACUUCCUCUUGACAUUGAGAAUGUGCAUAAAGGGGCAACAACUCUAUCCCACCUCAGACAUACUCUGGGUGCUGCCUGCCAAGGCCUCAACAGUGAGAUUGAUCUGACUCUCUCAAGUCUGGAAACCCUGGCCAAAGUCUUUGACCAUCCCAGCUGCUCUUUAACACCCACCAAGGCACAGGGUUCAGAGAUGGAUAUAGACAACCUGCUGUGUAAGAUCUCGGCUUUGGUCAGCCUCCUUUCUUCGCUGGAGAAAAAGGUAUUAAAAGCUUUACAAGAUGCUGUGACCAGUCACAACCUGGCAGUGCAGACCAGCCCGCCAGCCCCUGAACCGAUACCGACCAGCGUACCACCUGCAAAGAGCAAUGCCCGGCAGCUGCCAGUCUACUCCUUUCAGGUGAAGAUGUUGAGGUAUGGCAGACAAACAAUUUCUGUGGAUGUGGACACAGGAGUUUUGGUUUUUGACAAGAAGACUGGUUCAUUUGGUAUAGAGAGGGUCUCGCAUGACAGAAUCCUUCAGAUUGUCAAGUUUCAGAGCAGCCCAGCCAAGGUGCGCAUGGUUGUUGACAGCCACCACAGCACACCGCGGGAGAUGACAUUUGAGAGCGCACGGAAAUGCGACGCCUUCUGCCAACUCUUCCAGCUGAUGAAAACCAGGCACUCUCAGCGGAGUGAACCUGAUGUGAUCUCUGUUUUUGUUGGCACCUGGAAUAUGGGUGGUUCUCCUCCUCCUCGAAGUCUGCAGUCGUGGGUGACCUGCUGCGGUCUGGGACACACCCCUGACGAGUCAACCGCCUUGCUUCCUCAUGACAUCUACGCCUUAGGGACUCAGGAAAACCCCCAGGGGGAGAGAGAGUGGACAGAACAUAUCAAAGCAACCCUUCGCAGCUAUACUCACAUUGACUUCAAACAAGUGGCAGUGCAGUCCCUCUGGAAUAUGAGGCUGGCCGUGUUUGUAAAGCCUGAACAUGAGAGUCGCAUCAGCCAUGUGAACACAGCCAGCGUGAAGACUGGCUUGGGAAACACACUGGGGAACAAGGGAGCUGUUGGGGUCUCCUUCCUCUUCAAUGGAACAUCUUUUGGGUUUGUCAACUGCCACCUGACAUCUGGAAGUGACAAAGUCCUGAGGAGAAACCAGAACGUUGUGGACAUCCUCAGGCUGCUGUCUCUGGGUGACAAACAACUCUUUGCCUUUGACAUAAGCCUGCGCUUCACCCAUCUCUUCUGGUGUGGAGACCUCAACUACAGGCUUGACCUGGAUGUACAGGACAUCCUGAAGCAUGUAUCUAAAAGGGAAUUUGAAGAGCUAAUGUGUGCAGACCAGCUGACACAAGAGAGACACAAGAGGAAGGCCUUUCUCUAUUUCAAGGAAGAGAAGAUUGCAUUUCCACCCACCUAUCGGUAUGAACGGGGUUCUAGAGACUGCUACCUGUGGCAAAAGUAUAAGACCUCAGGGGUGCGAGUCAAUGUUCCAUCAUGGUGUGACAGGAUUCUGUGGAAAUCCUACCCAGAGACACACAUCGUCUGCAGUGCGUAUGGUUGCACAGAUGACAUCUUCACAAGUGAUCAUUCACCUGUUUUUGCCACGUUUCAAGUGGGAGUGACAUCACAGUCCAGCUCCAAAACAGAUUCAAAUUCCAGCACGGAGCGGGCCUGGAUUGUUCUUGAAUGUAUCGAGGCGAUUGUGAAAACAGCGAGCAAGGCAAAGUUCUUCAUUGAAUUUCAUUCCUCGUGCCUUGAAGAGACACGACGUUCAAGUGAGAAUGACUCACAGAGCUGUGAAGUUCCUGGGUUUCUCAAACUCGCCUGGUCCUUCAAACAGCUGCCAAAGCUCCUGCCAGUUAUGUCUGAGAUGGAUUAUCUUCAGGACCAACACCUGCUGUUGUCUGUAAAGUCAUGUGAUGGGUUUGAAUCAUAUGGUGAAUGCUGUGUGGCUCUUCGCUCCGUUACUGGUGUGUCUGACCAAUUUGAGACAUUUCUGAGUCACCGAGGUGAGGAAAUGGGCUCCAUACGAGGACGUGUCAGAGUCCAUGUACCCAAGGACAAGCGAGGAACGCGGGAGAAGCUCUAUGAGUGCUUCUGUUUUGAGAAAGAUCAUAAAGGUUCUGGUAGGGGACACAUAUCUCCUGCAGUGACACGGAUCCCAGUGACCAGGUCCUCAGCAGUCCCUGUCAAACUAAAUCCAAGCAGCUACACCAACCCUGCCUACUACAUCUUUGAAGGUGUGUCAGUGCCACGUAAGGUGGAGGACGCUCUUCCCCAUCGAAGGGACCCUCAGGUGAUCUGGUCUGGUAAUGAGGCUUUGCAGCUCCCAAAAGUCUCGGGGCAGCAUGGCUUUGACAGGAGACCCGGCCGCAGAUCAGACUUUACAGAGAUUGAAAUUCCAGCCAUGCUAUCCCAGUACUCAACAACCAAUGACCUUCAUGCAUCCCAAACCAACUCUUCUUAUCAACUCUUUCCAGCACAAAACCCAUCUCCCAUACCUCCACCAUCACGUAAAGCCAUUUCACAUUGCCAAGAACAGACUUCACAACUCACAAGCAAAUACCAAGGUAAAAAUAUUGUUCAGGGCUCCAUACAGCCUGAAGGCAAUCUAAGGAACUUGUAUAUGAAUCACUCAGCAAUCAUCAGGGAAAAGGCCAGAAGGGAUCAACAUCAGCAUCUUCCAGAAAGGACCAACCCUAUCCAAGCAGCCAAGGCACCAUCAGCUCUCUCCUACACCCCCACUCACUGUCAGGCCUCUGCUUCCUGGUUAGUGAAACAUCAUCCAUCUGGGCCUACAGGAGACAACUCACUCACUGCUUUGCAAAUUGCCAAGUCCCUCAGCGAAGUUGACUUUUUCCCCAUAGAGCAGAGAAGCCCAGCCAUACCCAAACAGAGGACAAAUUAUAGAAAUGGCCCUUCCAUACAUGGAGAUCGAGGCUACAGCUGGGAGAAAGAGGUGUCAACUGUACAAUGUGCACCAGAGACUGUGCAGGAACUUCUUACUACUCUGGGUCUUCAAAAAUACACCCUGGGACUUAGCCUCAAUGGCUGGGAUGAUCUGGAUUAUUUCAGUGGCAUCACCGAGGAGGACCUGUGUGCUGCAGGAGUAAUGAAUGCUUCACACCGACGCAGGAUUCUCGAAAACCUGCCCAGGAACUGGAACUGAAAUAGAGAAAUGGGCAACACUGAUGGUACAAAAUAUUGUAAUUCACUCAAUUACAACUGGAAGAACUGUUAGAAGUGAAAGUAAGACAGGCUGAUGGAAUUAUCAGUUAUGUCAGCUGGACAUUACCGCAGACCUGUCUUCAUUCAUUUACUCAGUACUGUAAAAAAUAGUUUGUCUGUGUCAACACAGCAAAGAGAACACAGGAAGUAAAAGCAUUGCACAAUCUGCUUGAUUCGUCGAUCCAUGUUGAUCUUAUGAAUGGAAAUCCUUGAUAUGCAUCUCCCUUUACUGACACAUAUUCAAGUAUUGAUUAUAGUAUUAAGGUCUCACUGAUUUUGUUUUCGGUGAAUUUAAAAUGACUAAAAAAUUAUCUUUCAAUUGCCAGUGAUUACUUAAGGCUAUUGUUUUACUAUCCACCUUCAUCCCUUCUGCUGUGUGUUUCCGUUACUGCUAUUAGUGAGCCUGGGCCUGGGUUUUUAAAAGCACCCCUAUUAAACCUACAGAGCAUAAAAUCUGUCUGUGUCUACUGGAAGAUUGUCUGGAAAGCUGAUAGAGAAAGGCCUGCCAUUUGUCAUUUUGUUUACUCUGUCAUACUGUUACUAUCCUGCCACUUAAUCAGUACAUUCGUCCACUGUGCAUGGUUCAUGCAAUGUUUAUAAAGUGCAUAAAGCAACUCUUGACUAGCAACAAGCAGUCAUGUGUCAUUUCGUGCCACCAGACAGAUGCUUCCAUUACAGUCCAUUGCACAGAUCAUGAUAUGCAUCAUCUUACUUGAAUACUUUCUGAUGUAGCCUAGUUAAUGUUCCAGUGCACAUGGGUGAUUGUAGUCAGAGCUUCUACUACAAGAACACAAUUCGUAAAACCAGAUAUACAACAAAAUUUGCUUUAGUGACCUGUGCAGCGGAUGAGCUCAUCUCCGGUGAUGCUUUAAUACGGGGCUUUGACGCACUCUAAGCCAAACAGAUUAGCUUGGAUUAUGAAAGGACUGUAGGCUUCAUUUUGAGAAGUGGGGAAAAAAACAUUUCCCUCGAUGACUAAACCAGACUGUCAAAAAAACUUAUAUUAAUAUAGUUAUAGUACUGUGCAAAAGUCUAGAACCACCUUUAGUCCAGUCCU